UGUUUUGCACAAAAUCUGUCAUACACAUGGUCAGGUAUUGCGUAUUGUUAUAUUCAAAAAGAAUGGUGUCCAGGCUAUGGUUGAAUUUGAUAGUUUGGAAGCUGCUACCAGAGCUCGUGAAAACCUAAAUGGUGCUGAUAUUUACUCUGGUUGCUGCACUUUGAAAAUUGACUAUGCCAAGCCGGAAAAGUUAAAUGUCUAUAAGAAUGAGCAAGACACUAGCUGGGAUUAUACACUUACAGCAGUUGGCAUGUUAAGCUCACCAACCAAUUUUUUUAAAGAACCACCACUUUUGGGACCAGGUGCAGCGUUCCCACCAUUUGGUACACCAGAAUUUCAUCCCACCACACCUGAAAACUGGAAGGGCGCCACUAUACAUCCAACCGGACUUAUGAAGGAACCAGCAGUCGUUCCCGGUCGCAAUGCACCAGUAACUUUUGCUACACAAGGACAAGCACAGGGUGCUGUUAUGAUGGUUUAUGGACUGGACCACGACACAUCGAACACAGAUAAACUAUUCAAUUUGGUUUGCUUAUAUGGAAACGUUGCAAGGAUUAAAUUUUUGAAAACCAAAGAAGGCACAGCCAUGGUACAAAUGGGUGAUUCCGUUGCUGUUGAACGUUGCGUACAACACUUGAACAACAUUCCAGUCGGCACUGGUGGCAAAAUUCAAAUUGCAUUCUCAAAACAAAAUUUCCUAUCUGAAGUUAUUAAUCCAUUUUUGCUUCCCGAUCAUACACCAAGUUUUAAGGAAUACACAGGCUCAAAGAAUAAUCGUUUUCUGUCCCCUGCACAAGCCAGCAAAAAUCGUAUUCAACCACCAAGCAAGAUUCUUCACUUCUUCAACACACCUCCUGGUUUAACUGAAGAUCAGUUAAUAGGCAUUUUCAAUAUUAAGGAGGUACCUGCUACAUCCGUGCGACUUUUCCCUCUUAAAACAGAACGCUCUUCAUCGGGUUUGAUUGAAUUCCCAAAUAUUUCACAAGCAGUUUUGGCAAUAAUGAAAUGUAAUCAUCUGCCAAUCGAGGGUAAAGGCACCAAAUUUCCUUUCAUUAUGAAACUAUGUUUCUCAUCCUCAAAGAGCAUGAACGGUGCUUGGAACAAUGCAACAAAUGAAGGCAUCAUAGAGAAAGAGAAUGACGCCGAAGUGAAGCAGCAGGAUGUGUACAAUUGAGAUUUAAUACAAAUUUUGUAAAUUCAAACAUAAUAACAAAAAUCUUUUUAACCAAAUAAUGAACCUAAUCAUACACAUCUGAAAUUAAAAUGAAAAAAAAAAUAAUAAUAUUAUUAUGAAUUGAAAACCAAUAUAGCGAAGAAAAGGAAAUACACCAAAUAGAACAAACCUUACAACAAGAAAACAAAAAAUUUCAAAAUUAAUAACAAAGAAGAAUAAGAAGAAGACAGUAAAAUCUAAUUUUCUUAAUUUAAAAACUAUUGUACAAUAAUUCGCUAUUAUAUCGCUAUUAGUUUUCAUUUAUUAUUACCAUUAC